AUGAUUGACGAAGAAAUACUUUUUAUUUUUUCAAUGGAAGCAUUUCCAAAGGGACAAAAACCACCUAAGGCGGCUUCAAUUUCUGAUUGGAGAUUCAGCAUUGGUGCGGAAAAACCUAAGAAAAUAGCUGACAUAAACAAGUUUUAUUAUGAUUCUAGUGAAGAGGAAGACGAAAUGAGAGAACUUGAUGCGAUAGAGAUGCUAAUGAUUGAUGAAGGAAUCUUGAUGGAGCUAGGCUACGAGGAAGAAAAAGCAAAGAUGGCGCUGAAUGCAUGCGGCGGUAACUUAGAAAAAGCCUUAGUGUUUCUGAGAUUACUCGAAGAUGAUGAAUUUUGUGAUGAAGAAAUUGAUAAAAAUUGGGAAGAAGAUGGCAGUUGAAUAGAAGAACCGAGCGAAGAAAAUGAAGAACUCGAGAUGGCAGUAAAGUUGCUUGCAGGAUUGCAAGGAGAAGUCUUGGAUGACGGAGAAACAAUCCUGACCACUCACUCCGUCAGGGCAAUUGAAAUAGAAAUAAUGGCAGGAAAGACAGAAAUACCAACAAAAAACGUUAACAAAAAGGCCGACAGAUAUCCAGACAGAAACUUCAACAGAAAUUUCAGCAAAAAGCUCAAAAGCAGCCUCAACAAAAAUUCUAGCAGGAUUCUCAAAAAUGCCUAUAAAAACUCAACAGAAAUCCCAACAGCAUCCUCGACAGAUAUUCCAAUUGAAAUCCAACAGAGACACCAGCACAAGCCCCAAGAAAGAUUCAAAAGGGCAACCUAAAAAACACCUGCAGAAAUCCCAAAGGGAUCCUUUUAGAAGAUCUCAGCAGAAAACUCAAAAGAAAUCGCAAAAGAAAUUCAAACAAGAAGUUCAAUAGAAUUUCAAACAGAAACCAACAGAAAUGCCAACCAAAUUCUCAAACAAAUUUUUCGGCAGCAAUUUUGACAGAAGAUGGAAGAAGUAAGAUGAUGUGGAAGGCAAGAAAGAAGAAAAUAAAAAAUGAGGCCAUAAUAGAGCGAAAGAAAAAAACACUGGAGAAACAAAAGGCAGCAUGAAGCAGCAGCAAGUGAAGGUGGAUUGAAGCAGGUAAAAUUGAAGGAGAUUCUGAGGAUGAACUGAUGGAGGCACUGAUGGAGGCACUGAAGAAGAAGCUAAUGGAGAAAUUGAGAGAGGAGAGUGAAAGGAAAAAAGAAGGAUGGACAAUGACUAAUUGGAUUAGACAAGAUCCUUAAGGAUCGUGAGGCUGCAGUAGCAGCUAGAUAAUAUAAAGAUAAAGAUUGACGAAGAAAUGCUAUUAAGCGCACUCGAAAACGAGUUGCCAGAAAGCUUAAAAAGCACAGGUUUUACAACGAGCUUUUGUGAUCUAAGUCGAUAUUCUUUCAGCAGCCCGAGGCUCCUGAGAGACUAUAUGAUCGCUGAAUUCAAAAUUGAAAGUGAAAUAGUACCCUUUCUGAAUACAGAAUUGGGCCUAGACCCAAAUACACCUAUCACUCUCUACACAGAAAAUAUCAAAGAUACUCUCAAAUCAGUGAAUUCCUGUCCAAUAUGUUAUAAAAUAUUUAAAUGCCGAAAAGGCCUUAACCAACAUAUGGGCAAAAAGCACUCAAAUAGUAUCAAAAAUUCAAUGUGCGAUGUCUGUGGUAAGCUUUUUUCUCAUAAAUACGCUUUAAAAUUCCACUAUCAACAAGUUCAUGAAACUUUAAAAAGAGUCAACUGCGAGGAGUGCAGUUACGUGGCUUAUAACAAAUAUAAGCUAAAAAAGCAUAUGAAAAAUCACAUAGCUAAAAAGCCCUCAAACAUGUAG